AUGGCCAAAAUUACCAAUCCAAAUGAUGAUAACAAAAGUGAUACGGAUAAAGAGCAGCCCACGCCACAUGCUGUGAAUGCCAUUCAUCGGAUUGAAUUACCAGCAUUCAAUGGUACAAAUAUUCGUUUAUGGUGGCGUCAGGUAGAGCUCGGAUUGGGUCUAGGCAGUUUUAAGAAUGAGAAAACCAAAUUCGACGCCGUUGCAGGUUCGCUACCUCAUGACAUAGCUACCAAUGUUCAGGAGGUAAUUUUCAACCCACCAUCCAAUAAUCCGUUCACCGCAUUGCGCGAUUGCGUUUACAAAGUGUACGAACCAUCCGAUACAGAGCAAAUUAAUUGCUUGCUCGAAGGGUGUCAACUUUGCGAUAAAAAACCAUCCGUUUUACUGGCAGAGAUGCGUGUUUUCGCAAAAGGUAGAGUCACCAAUGACACAUUGUCAGAGCUGUUUAAACGCAGAAUACCUGAGCCAGUUCAGCUCGUUUUGGCUGCCAGAAGCGUCACUGAUCCAGAUAAAAUGGCACAGGCCGCGGAUGCAGCCAUCCAAUAUGUCCGUGCACCAAGUGUAGUGGCAGUAGCAAUGGUAGGUGCAACUAGUGCAUUGAGCUCCGCAGCAGUUGAACAGAAUUUGUUGCUAGGUCAGAUCUCUGCACUUACAAAACCUGUCAAUACACUUGUGAAUGAAGGUAGAGAGCACCGAUCGCGCUCACGUAACUGCAGUGAUUACCAUAGCAUUGAGUUCCUCGGAUACAAUGUUGACGAAGCUGGUAUCCGUCCGUCUCCAAGCCGAGUUGAGCCCAUUGUCAACUAUCCAAAGCCAAGCGAUGUAUCCGGCCUAAGAUGA